AUGCGCUGCUUGACGUUCCUUGUGGUGCUCCAGGUUCUCAACGGCUCCUGCGCCUAUGCAGCAGAGAGCUGUGAGACCGAUGAGCUAGCAGCUGUUCAGGUGCUCCGUCGCAGUGAAGACGCAAGACCCCGAAGGCUCAUUCGCAAAUUCAAGCGUGCCAUCUAUGAGUGGAGCAAGAAGAAGAAGCACUACUACUACAAGACCACCACGCCUGCUCCGCCUCCACCGCCCCCACCGUCUCCUCCCAGCCCGGGCUGCGGGAAGGGUUGCUGCACCUUCAACCGCAUCGGAUUCUUUCAAGCUUGUCAGCAGCUCAAUGCGACCUGCGACAACACGACAGAGAGGUUCGAAGUUGAUUCAGUGGAUGUGACGGAGGACCUGAAGACAGCGGUCUACACCAGCUCGAGGGCGAAUGACGGCAUCUACACAGUAGGUUUCGUGGACAUCACCGAUGCGGCCGUGCCGACACCCCUGGGUACACUCGGAUUUGACACGGACCCCACCGAUGUGGCAGUGACAGGCUUCCUCGCGCUGGUGGCUUUCGACAAUGGAAGUUCCACCGGCGAGCUGAAAGUUCUGAACGUCACUACCCAAACUGUCGUGCGCACCAUCGAUCUUGCAGGUCGGCCCAAUGCUGUGGCCAUCAGCCCGGAUGAGACCUGGGCCGCCGUUACCAUCAAUGCGCCUCCACCUGGCGUCCUGCAGCGAGUGAACAUCUCCGACCCGGAUCCCAUGGCCUGGACCACGGACAUCAUCAACCUCACGGACCUUCCAGGGCUUUUGGACCCCGAAACGCCACGGCCUACGUGGGUGAACAUCCGCAAGGACAACGUGGCCGUGGUCACGCUGCAGGAGAACAACGCCCUCGUCUUGGUGAACCUGACGAACGCCUCGGUGAUCUCCAGCUUCUCGGCUGGCACCACGAACGUUACCGACAUUGACAUCUUCGAGGACCGGCGAAUCAUCUUGAACUCCACCCUGGAGAAUGUCAGCAGGGAGCCGGACGGAGUGGUCUGGUUGGGGAAGAAGUCGGAGUUCUUCGCCACCGCGGACGAGGGAGUCACUGAAGCAGGAGGCGGUCGCUCCUUUACGGUCUUCAACGAGGACGGCGAGGUUGCCUUCACCUCAGGAAACUUGCUUGAGCUCAUUGCGGUAAGGCUCGGACACUACCCGGACGAGCGCUCAGAGAACAGAGGCAACGAGCCAGAGAACAUUGCAUAUGGGCAGUUCCAGAACUGUGAGAUGCUCUUCAUCCAAUCCGAGAGGGCGAGCCUGACCUAUGUCUUCGAGGUCUCGAAUGCCAGUGACCCCAGGAAUCUCUACAUCACAGCCUCUGAAGCUUCGAACCUCGACCUGGAUAUCCGAUCCGGCCUGAACAUCUACCAGUGCCAGUCAACUCAAUAUCCAUUCUUGGAGUCCAGAAACGUCAAUGGCCUGCCCAUUCCUUGGGGAUCUAUUGCAGGACUUACAGGAGAGGGUAACGACACUCUCUGGGCUGUGGAGGGCGCGUUCUUUGCUGAGCCGCAGAUCCUCAGAAUCCAAAGUACCAGGCACCCCCCAAGGAUCAACAGAGCCAUCAGCAUCACCUAUCCGAACGGCACCUUCUUGCAGGACCUGAACAUUUCCGGAAUCGACAUCAACGACGAGGGCUUUGUGAUCGUCGACCAGACGACGGACAGCCUCCUGCUCCUCAACAACAACGGUGUCUUCCAAGACUCUUUCCUAAUCAACGCCAGCGAUGCUCCAUCCGGCGUGGCAUAUGACCCAGAUGUCGGCUACGUGGUCACGACGUACGGGGGCACGGUGUUGGUGUGCAACUUGACGACACCCGUCUGCGGCGAGAAGACCUUCACUUAUCCCCUGGAUGCUCCGGAGUCGCAGGACGGUGGGGUGGUGGCGCUGCGUGACAUCGCAGCGCUUGGCGAUGGCCACUUCUUGUUCCUGGAGACGGACGGCCAGGGCGGCUUCGACGCAGCCGUGCGACGCAUUUACAAGGCCGAGCUACCAGAAGGUAAUGAGACGGUCAUCGAGAAGACCUUGGUGGAAGACUUCUUGCUGGAGCUGCAGGACUUGAGGGGGCCAGUGCUGCAACGGUUCGACAGCCUGGCCGUCACCGGGGACCUGGAGGAUCCUUACAUGGACAAGCUCACGCUGUGGGUCGUCAACGACAACGGUGGCACCGACGACACCAACGGUGCCGUGCAGGUUGAUGAGGCGAUGUCGGCCAAGCUGUUUGAUAUGGUUUUGGAAGUGUCGAAAGUCGAAAGCUGGUGCGCCUUCGAGUCUGAGAGGUCGAUGGCACCGACCUUGUCGUUCAGCAUCGCCCCAGGGCCACGUCGACUCCCUGCAGCUGCUGUGACGGCGAGGCCAGAGGCCCGAGGGAGACUGGAUUUCGGAGUUUUCCCCUGGGAGCUGCAGGCGUUCCUUUACAUCAUCUCGCUAUCUUUUCUUAGUGAGUGCGCCACAACUGCAGUCCUCUCAACCUGGAUGCGCUGCUUGACGUUCCUUGUGGUGCUCCAGGUUCUCAACGGCCCCUGCGCCUAUGCAGCAGAGAGCUGUGAGACCGAUGAGCUAGCAGCUGUUCAGGUGCUCCGUCGCAGCGAAGACGCAAGACCCCGAAGGCUCAUUCGCAAAUUCAAGCGUGCCAUCUAUGAGUGGAGCAAGAAGAAGAAGAAGCACUACUACUACAAGACCACCACGCCUGCUCCGCCUCCACCGCCCCCACCGUCUCCUCCCAGCCCGGGCUGCGGGAAGGGUUGCUGCACCUUCAACCGCAUCGGAUUCUUUCAAGCUUGUCAGCAGCUCAAUGCGACCUGCGACAACACGACAGAGAGGUUCGAAGUUGAUUCAGUGGAUGUGACGGAGGACCUGAAGACAGCGGUCUACACCAGCUCGAGGGCGAACGACGGCAUCUACACAGUAGGUUUCGUGGACAUCACCGAUGCGGCCGUGCCGACACCCCUGGGUACACUCGGAUUUGACACGGACCCCACCGAUGUGGCAGUGACAGGCUUCCUCGCGCUGGUGGCUUUCGACAAUGGAAGUUCCACCGGCGAGCUGAAAGUUCUGAACGUCACUACCCAAACUGUCGUGCGCACCAUCGAUCUUGCAGGUCGGCCCAAUGCUGUGGCCAUCAGCCCGGAUGAGACCUGGGCCGCCGUUACCAUCAAUGCGCCUCCACCUGGCGUCCUGCAGCGAGUGAACAUCUCCGACCCGGAUCCCAUGGCCUGGACCACGGACAUCAUCAACCUCACGGACCUUCCAGGGCUUUUGGACCCCGAAACGCCACGGCCUACGUGGGUGAACAUCCGCAAGGACAACGUGGCCGUGGUCACGCUGCAGGAGAACAACGCCCUCGUCUUGGUGAACCUGACGAACGCCUCGGUGAUCUCCAGCUUCUCGGCUGGCACCACGAACGUUACCGACAUUGACAUCUUCGAGGACCGGCGAAUCAUCUUGAACUCCACCCUGGAGAAUGUCAGCAGGGAGCCGGACGGAGUGGUCUGGUUGGGGAAGAAGUCGGAGUUCUUCGCCACCGCGGACGAGGGAGUCACUGAAGCAGGAGGCGGUCGCUCCUUUACGGUCUUCAACGAGGACGGCGAGGUUGCCUUCACCUCAGGAAACUUGCUUGAGCUCAUUGCGGUAAGGCUCGGACACUAUCCGGACGAGCGCUCAGAGAACAGAGGCAACGAGCCAGAGAACAUUGCAUAUGGGCAGUUCCAGAACUGUGAGAUGCUCUUCAUCCAAUCCGAGAGGGCGAGCCUGACCUAUGUCUUCGAGGUCUCGAAUGCCAGUGACCCCAGGUACCUCCAGGCGCUGCCCUCAAUCAGGACCCCGGAGAAAGGCAGGACAAUCCCACGAAGGAAUCUCUACAUCACAGCCUCUGAAGCUUCGAACCUCGACCUGGAUAUCCGAUCCGGCCUGAACAUCUACCAGUGCCAGUCAACUCAAUAUCCAUUCUUGGAGUCCAGAAACGUCAAUGGCCUGCCCAUUCCUUGGGGAUCUAUUGCAGGACUUACAGGAGAGGGUAACGACACUCUCUGGGCUGUGGAGGGCGCGUUCUUUGCUGAGCCGCAGAUCCUCAGAAUCCAAAGUACCAGGCACCCCCCAAGGAUCAACAGAGCCAUCAGCAUCACCUAUCCGAACGGCACCUUCUUGCAGGACCUGAACAUUUCCGGAAUCGACAUCAACGACGAGGGCUUUGUGAUCGUCGACCAGACGACGGACAGCCUCCUGCUCCUCAACAACAACGGUGUCUUCCAAGACUCUUUCCUAAUCAACGCCAGCGAUGCUCCAUCCGGCGUGGCAUAUGACCCAGAUGUCGGCUACGUGGUCACGACGUACGGGGGCACGGUGUUGGUGUGCAACUUGACGACACCCGUCUGCGGCGAGAAGACCUUCACUUAUCCCCUGGAUGCUCCGGAGUCGCAGGACGGUGGGGUGGUGGCGCUGCGUGACAUCGCAGCGCUUGGCGAUGGCCACUUCUUGUUCCUGGAGACGGACGGCCAGGGCGGCUUCGACGCAGCCGUGCGACGCAUUUACAAGGCCGAGCUACCAGAAGGCAAUGAGACGGUCAUCGAGAAGACCUUGGUGGAAGACUUCUUGCUGGAGCUGCAGGACUUGAGGGGGCCAGUGCUGCAACGGUUCGACAGCCUGGCCGUCACCGGGGACCUGGAGGAUCCUUACAUGGACAAGCUCACGCUGUGGGUCGUCAACGACAACGGUGGCACCGACGACACCAACGGUGAGACACAGCUGCUGCCUCUGAUCCAACACUUCUAUCAGUGA